AUACAAAGAAAGCAUUUCAUCCUUCUUUAGUUUUUGACAAUGGAACUUUCGUUUCUGUAUGCCCCAAUAUGUCCUUUUGCACAGAGAACUUGGAUACUUUUGAAGAAACUAAAAGUUCACUUUAAAGAAGUAAUCAUUGAGCUUGGAAAGGAUAACAGAGAACCUUGGUUUUUGGAACUGAACCCGUUGGGGAAGGUGCCAGUAUUACGAGUACGUGAAGCCGUAGAAGAAAAAGAAGCCAUCAUUUAUGAGUCCUUGGUUUGCAAUGAAUAUCUGAACGAAGUUUAUGCUGGAAACAAACUUCUUCCAGAACACGCUUCACAAAGAGCGUUUGCGAGGAUCCUUUCUAUCCGAGUAGAUGGCCUGAUAUCUGUUAUGUUCAAACUACUUAAGACGAAUCCAGAGGAAGAUGGUCAAGGAGAGAUCGAACUGUUGCAGCAAGUUUGCAAACAACUCCAAGUAAUUGAUGACCAAGUGAAGAACUCUGGAGGUCCUUAUUUAUUCGGAAAGAGUUGGACCCUUGCGGAUAUUGCUUACCUUCCUUUUGUAGAACGUGUUUCCUUGGUAUUGAGCCAGUUCUUCAAAAAAGAUAUUCGUCAAAUGGGUCUAUCCUAUUUCAACUUGUGGUUGAAUACCUGGGACAAGGAUCCCGACUACCUAGAAACCAAGCUUCCACUAGAUCGUUUGUUACCGGUUUACAAAAAGUAUGCUCAUGAGGGUUUGUUGAAACGAUUGGAAUAAAUAAACUAUAUACAUAAGUUUUUGGAACCUGCUUUGUAUUUAUUCUUUCU